AUGGUGCUGAUUGACAAGCAAGAGUACCUCUCCGAGGAGGAGAAGCGUUUGAAGGAGGAUCGCGAGCGAACUCGCUACUGGAAGCGAUGGGGUCCUUAUGUGGCAGAGCGACAAUGGGCGACCGUGCGUGAGGAUUAUUCUGAUAACGGUGAUGCUUGGAGCUACUUUUCCCAUGACCAUGCCCGAUCGCGCACCUUUCGGUGGGGUGAAGAUGGAAUUGCUGGUGUCUCCGAUACCCAUGGAAUUCAGAACAUUGCAUUUUCCUUUUGGAAUAAGAAAGAUGAGUUCCUCAAGGAGCGUCUCUUCGGUCUGUCCAACCCACAAGGUAACCACGGUGAGAGUGUGAAGGAGGCGCAUUUCCAUGUGGAUAAUACUCCAACGCAUUCGUAUAUGAAGUUUCUAUACAAAUACCCCCAGAACAAGUUUCCCUACGAGCAGCUGGUCGAGGAGAACGCAAAGCGAUCGCGGUUGGAGCCAGAAUACCAAAUCCUUGACACCGAUGCGUUCAAGGACAACCGGUACUGGGACAUUUUCAUUGAGACUGCCAAGGAAGCUGAUAAUGAGGAAGAGCUGAUUUUCCGCGUUAUCGCGUACAACCGUGGUCCAGACCCGGCUCCCUUGCACAUCGUUCCUCAGGUCUGGUUCCGGAACACCUGGUCUUGGGGCUAUGAGAAGCAAGGUGCCAAGCCGAUAAUCAAGGAGGAUGGCCCGCGAGUCGCCAAGUCCAAACAUGAGAAGCUCGGCGAGCGCUAUGCCUGCUUCGCACCAUCUCCCCCGAUGGGCGAUGGAGAUGACGAUAUCCAGCCAGAGUUGCUCUUCACAGAAAACGAAACCAACAAUGAAAAACUCUGGGGAACCAAGAAUGAUCAGCCCUACGUGAAGGAUGCCUUUCACCGUUACAUCGUCGACGAGGAGAAAGAUGCCGUCAAUCCAGCCAAGGAGGGCACGAAGCUCGCGGCCUGGUAUGCAUUUGACGACGGCGAUGAGGUUCCCCCCGGCGAGUGUGCCGUCGUUCGGUUCCGUGUAUCCCUGAAGAAGAACGACUUUGUGGAUGAAGAGGAGCUGGACAACGUGAUUGAGGCGCGUCGUCUUGAGGCGGAUGACUUCUACCACAACAUCAGUCCGCUCCCCAUGAGUGACGAUCUCCGGAACAUUCAGCGCCAGGCUUUCUCAGGCAUGAUGUGGUGUAAACAAUACUACAACUUCAUUUAUGAUCAGUGGAGUAAUGGUGACCCGGCUGAAAUCCCCCCGCCACCAGGUCGAAAGGGCAUUCGCAAUGAACAGUGGCGCCACCUGUACAUCGAUGAUAUCCUGUCGAUGCCAGACUCGUGGGAGUAUCCGUUCUUCGCUGCAUGGGAUACCGCAUUCCACUGUAUCCCUCUCGCAAUGAUGGACCCCGAUUUUGCCAAGAAGCAGCUUGAUCUCAUGACUCGUGAAUGGUACAUGCAUCCCAAUGGCCAACUCCCUGCCUACGAGUGGAACUUUGGUGAUGUCAAUCCACCGGUACACGCAUGGGCUGUUUUCCGCACUUUCAAGAUUGAACGCAAGAUGUAUGGACGUCAGGAUCUGGAUUUCCUCGAGCGCGUUUUCCAGAAGCUGCUUCUGAACUUCACCUGGUGGGUCAACCGCAAGGACUCCGAUGGCAAGAAUGUUUUCGAGGGCGGUUUCUUGGGUCUCGAUAACAUUGGACUGUUCAACCGAUCUGAGCCGCUGCCAACAGGUGGUGUACUUGAGCAGGCCGAUAGCACAGGUUGGAUGGCUUUCUAUUGCCUGUGCAUGCUCAACAUUGCCCUGGAGCUGGCCAAGCACCGGAGAAUUUACGAAGAUAUUGCAUCCAAGUUUUUCGAACAUUUUAUCCUCAUCAGUGAUGCGAUGACCUUCCGCAAUGGCGAGGACAAAAUUCAGUCCCUGUGGAACGAGGAAGAUAGCUUCUACUAUGACGCCAUCUCCUACGGCGGACCCUGGACCCAACAGUUGCCCAUCCGUUCUUUGGUGGGCUUGAUUCCUCUAUACGGCGUUCUCACCCUUGAGCCGGAGUUGAUCAACAAGUUCCCCUCAUUCAAACGACGACUGGAAUGGUUUGUCGAGAACAAGGCAGAUGUGGCAGAGCGCAACAUUGCCAGUAUCAAGCGCCGAGGCAAGGAUGACCGACUCCUCUUGGCACUUGUCAGCAAGGACCGCCUCGAGAAGAUUCUGAAGCGAAUGCUCGAUGAGACCGAGUUCUUGGCCAAGCACGGCAUUCGAUCGAUGUCCAAAUACCACGAGGAAAACCCCUAUUCGAUGGACGUGAAUGGUGAGACUUUCAAGGUUGGAUACGUUCCUGGCGAUUCAGACAGCGGCCUGUUCGGUGGCAACAGCAACUGGCGUGGACCGAUCUGGCUGUGCGUCAACUUCCUCCUGGUCGAGUCUCUGCUCCGCUUCUACAUGUUCUACGGCGACUCGUUCAAAGUAGAGUGCCCCACUGGUUCUGGUGAAUACAUGCACCUCGGACAUGUAGCUGAGGAGCUCCAGCACCGGAUGCAGCAUCUCUUUGCUCGGAAUGACGAGGGUCGCCGUGCUUGCAAUGGCCAGAACGAUAUUCUUGAUUUCGAUGAGCACUGGAAGGACUACAUGUGGUUCAACGAGUUCUUUGACGGUGAUACCGGUCGCGGUCUGGGUACCUCCCACCAGUGUGGCUGGACAGGAUUGAUCGCAAAGAUCAUCCACGAUACAGGUAUCAACUGCCGUCUCCCCCAGACUCCACGUGGUCCCUUCGCCGCCGCCUCCCACUACUUUGAUGAUAUCUUCUCGCGCUCCGGACGUGGUCGUGGUAUCGGCUCCAGAAGACCAUCCGUCCGCCGCUCUUCUACAAACCGGUCUAUUGGAAACCGCAGUGACUUCCAUUCGACCAUCGCCGGCGAUGCCACCCCUGCCCCUUCAUCUAUUCUAGACGACGAAGAGCUCAAUAGCCCCGCCAGCCGUUACGAUAGCACAAACGGGGAUGGUGAACGUGAGGAGCACAUCAACAACUACGUGGAAAGCCAGCUGCAACGUGUGCGCAGCUCUGCGUCGAUUGCGACUUACGAGGAUGAGCUUGAGACGCAGGCCGAGAGGGAGAAUGGAGAUGCAGACCACUGA